AUGUUGAAAAAAUACUCAAUAUCUCAACAAAAAAAAAGUUUGUAAAAUGACUAUUUUUAUUUUUUUGGAAUACUUAAAAAAUAUAUAAAUAGUUAAAUAAAUGGUAAAGAUUAUUACGAAACAGAAUAUUAUUCUGUUGGUUGUAAAGUAAAUAUCAUUUAAAAAGUUCAAAUUUUUUUUCUUUUUAUAAAUUAAUUUACAUUUUCACAAAAUCCAACUAAGCUGAUUGAUAAUCCAAUAAUUUCUUUAUUAAUUUAUAUUUUUUGUCAAAUAAUAUCUAUUUAAUUAUAAUAGUAAGAAGAUUCAAAAUAUAGAGAGUUAGGGACUAUGUAAAGUACAAAGGAAAUAGAAAAUAUAAAUAAGAUAUUAAUUGCUAAUAAUGCUCUUGUAAAAAAUAAAAUAGAUUCAUAGCGAUAAAGCUACGCUAAUUUGACAAAUGAAUCAGUUACAGAUGGAGAAGAUAAUUCAAGUCAUAACUUUUAUAAGAUAAAUAAUUACUCUUCCUCUUUUGAUACCAAAAUUAAAGGACCUUCUUCUGUAUCGUCUGUAACUAGAGAUAGAUUUAUGGAUUUUGAAGAGAUGUCCGUUGGUGAUGCCAUGCCUAGUGGAAAAAGAGAAGGAUAACAAUCAAGCUUUCAUCAAACAUAUCAAUUCAUUUUGGGUACACCUAAAUAUAGGAAUAACAGCUGCGCUAAUAAUAGCAAUAAUGGUGGAUCGAAGGUAUCAUUAAUAUCUUCGAAAAAAAGUGAAGUAUCUGGAUCUGAUGAAGAUAAUGCUAAGAUAUUUAUGUAACAGCUUAGGAUUUUGCAGAAUAAAGUCAAUUAGCAGGAAAAUUAAAUGAAAAAUAUGGAUUAAAAGUGUGAAGAAGUUAAGAAGGAAAACAAUGAGCUCAAAAAGAAUUUAGAUAAAAUAACUAAAGAAAAUGAAGACAAGAAAUUAGCUGAAAAGGAUUAAGAAAUACAAAGGCUCCAAAUAAAAAAUACCUAACUGCAGGAACAAUUUGAAAAAAUGAAAGAAAAUUAUGAAAAUAGAAUUUCAGACUAUUAAAAUUUAAUUGAUGAUCUUAAUCAAUAGCUACUUGAUAAAGAAAAUUAGGUUGAAGAAACUAAGAGAUAAUUAUCAAAUGUGUAAAAGAAAAUGAGCUAAUAGUAAGAACAGAAUUAGCAAUUAUUAGAAAAAGUUAAAAAUUUAGAAGAUUUAAUAGAAAAAUAAGUGGAUAUAAAUAACGAUGAAGUAUAAAAAAACAACAAUAUUCACAAGUUAUCUUAAUAAAGCUCUAUGAAUUACCCAUCUUUUGAAAAACAAGAUUUUAACCAUAGUUAAGGGAAAAGUGCAUCUUCUAUUUAUUCUUCAAUUUUACCAAAUAAAAGAUAAACAAACGUUUAAUUACCCUAAUAAAUGGUUUAGACCUAUGAUAAGAAUAUAUUAUCUAUGGGAUAAAGUAAUAAGAGUAGUUAAAAUAACUCGAAAUUAGAAGAUUAAUAAUUAGCUUUCUAACAAUAAAUAUAAGUUAAUCAAUAGUUUUUAUAGAAUUAAGUUAAUAUACAAUAAUAAAUUAUGCAACAAUAACAACUGUAAUCUUAACAAUCUAAACAAGAAGAAGAGAUGUAAGCUUUACAGUAAAAUUAUAAAUUAGUUCAUAAUAAACCUUUAGAGGAGGAUGAUUUAAAAAUUAAAAAAGAAAGAAGCAGAUCAUAGUAAUCUAGCAGGUGUAGAAGUCCCUGGGGAGAUACAAUGAAGUUUGAAAUAUUAAGUAAUAAUAACUUUUCUGAAUUUAAUUAAACUAAAAAUGAUUUAGAUCUAGAUGAUGAAAUCGUAGGAGACUAAAAAAGUAAAUUUAAUCCAUCGUCUACAAUAAAAUCAAUAAGCUAAAUUACAAAUAGUGUUUCAAAAAAUUACCAUAAUACAUCCUUAAGGUAGGAGGAAACUGAUAAUUUUUAAAAUAAUUCAAAUAAUAAGUUACUGCAAUAAUUGACAAAUUAAAAUAACUCAGGAUGCUUGAAUAUUAGUAAAUUUAGAAAAAACAGCAGAAACAGUAAAUAAAUAGCUGUGAUGCUAAUCAAUCAAUAAUCUGAUCAAAUACCAUAAAUGUAAAAACAAUAAUAAUUUUAAUAAGAAUAGUCUCUUUUAAAUUAGAAAUUGAUUUAUAAUCCAAGAUUAAACUAGACUAUAGAUUAAGUUAGAUGUAGAAGUGAAUAGAGAAAUAUUAUCUCUCCCGUUAAUACUAUUUAAACUAUCCAUAAUCACAGUAAUAAUGACAGUAUAAUAUCUCCAAUAUCUGGUAAAAUGACCAACAAAAGUUCAAAAAGAGGAGGAAGUAACAUCACUGUUGACUUACGUUUAACUCUAAAUAACUAAAAUUAAGCAUCAUAAACUUUAGAUAAUUCGUUUGCAAAUCAAACAAAUUAGAAUAAUUCUUUUAUCUAGCCUAAUGGCUAAAUCUUAUAAGUAAAUUCUAAUAACUAUGUGCCCUAAGCUAAUAAUAAUAAUAAUAACAAUUCAUAUUCCAACUAACUAAACUAAGCAAUUAAUCUUCCCAUCAACUCUUAUUAGAUAAAUCCUACAAAUAACUUUAAAAAUUAACUUAAUAAUAAGCCACCUUCUCGAAGCAAAUCAAGGUAAGAAGAUAUAAACUAGAAUAUUUUAUACCAAUCAUCUGCCCUCUAGUGUUAGCCACCAGCAUUUCCUAAUAAUAUUAGUAAUAUAGCUGUUUCUAAAAAUGAUAAUUUACAUCAUAAAAAUAUCUAAAAAAAAGAUUAAUAAAAUAGUAGCAGCCUAAGUUAACAGUAAAAUAAAGGAAAAGGGUAUAGAAUUAAGAAUGAUUCUCCCUCUCCACUUUCUUAGAAAAAGAGUGAUUUUAGAUCAAUUGAUAAUGAAAUGUAGCAUAGUCUAUCUGCUUCACGCAAGAAUGUGGUAAGCUAAUAAAGUAACUAUUUAUAACAAAAAAGCCCCUUAAACAGUACUUUAUAAGCUCCAAGUAGAUCGCCUCAAAGCUCUCAUACUUAAAGCAAUUCAUAAAAGAGAUAAUCUUCUUUGAAUAAGAAUUAAAAGCUAAAUUUAACUUUAAAUAGUAAUUAUCUAAGUAGUAACAGCUAAACUCCCAAUAAUGCAAAUACUAAUAGCAAUAGUACAAAAUCUAAAAAGGGUUCAUUAAAAAAUAAAAUAUAAAAAUACUAAAGUUUAAAUGCUGAUGACUACAAUUAUACUGAUACACUAGUAAAUAACAAGCCAAAAUUCUAAACUAUUACUCCUUCCAGUCAGAGUAGCAACGCUUGUUCUACAGCCCAUACAAAUUCUAGCAAUAAUAUGCAAUAUUAAGCAAUAUUUCUAUAAAAUCAGCUCCAAUAUCAAUAAAACUAUUUCAACUCUAUUGAUGCAAAAGAUUAGUAGCAGUAAAUGAUUUCAAAUAAAAACAAUUCAAAAAAUCUUGAUCAAAAAAUGGUAAAUUAAAUAUAUUAGAAUCAAAGAGCUCAAAAUAAUAGAUCACCAUUAUAAAAGAGAAUAAAAAGCACAAAUUCUCCAUCGAUAUAAUUUUAUGAUGGAUCAAAAUAAAAUAUCAUGAAUAAAACUAUGAAUUAUGUUGAUGUUACUAAUUAUCUUGAAAAUCAUGGCUUAUAAUAGAGUGUAAUAGAUGAAAAUUCCUUAGCAGGUAUUUGCAGUGCUAAAAAUUCAACUAACACUACAAACAGCUUUAGUCAAAGUCGCCAAAUGAAUAACAAUAAUAAUAAUUUUAUACCAGGAGGAAACAUACUUAGAUAAUCAGCUUAGCUAUAAAACUAAUAAAAUCUUGCUAAUCUGAACAGUGCUCAUUUAAGAAGUAGAUCUGAGCAAGCAUAAUACAAUCAAAAGAAGUAGUAAUAAGUUAUUUAAUAGUAGAUUAAUGACUAAUUAAAUUUAAGUUGCAACAGUAGCAAUAACAAUAAUAACAAUAGAAAGAAGUAACUAUCUCUUCUUUCUAACGAAGAUUGUUAAAAUAGAACACCAACUAGCUUGUAUGAUGGCUAAAUGUCUAAAGCUUCAGGAGCAAGCACAAACAAAAAUUAAUUGGCUAAACAAUAAUAUUAGCAAAAUUUAAAUAUAAAUUUAGGUUUAAGUAACUAUGAGAUUAUAGAAUAAACGAUAGAAUCAUAAACUAGCUCAAGCAUAAAAUCGAGAUAGAAAAAUAAAUGA